CCGUGUGCCGGUGGUUGUGUGUGGAAUCGGUGUCCGGCCGUUCCGCCGGUCGGGGGGCGGCCCGUACCGCGUGGUGGUGGUCGGCGGGGGCCAUGCGGGCGCCGAGGCCGCCGCCGCCGCCGCCAGGACCGGCUCGCCCACCCUGCUGCUCACACACCGCAACGACACCCUGGGUCAGAUGUCAUGCAAUCCCUCUUUUGGAGGCAUUGGGAAGGGCCAUCUAAUGAGGGAGGUCGACGCCCUGGACGGUCUCUGUUGUCGGAUUUGUGACCAGUCUGGGGUCCAUUACAAAGUACUGAAUAGGCGGAAAGGCCCAGCCGUGUGGGGUCUCAGAGCCCAGAUCGACAGGAAACUCUACAAGCAGAAUAUGCAGAGGGAAAUCCUGAACACCCCGUUGCUGACCGUUCAAGAAGCAUCCGUGGAGGAUCUUAUCCUGACAAAACCAGACUCCGGUUAUCCGGGAAAAUGCCGCGUCAGUGGGGUCGUUUUGGCUGAUGGAAGCCAAGUGCCUGCCGAAAGCGUAAUCCUCACUACCGGCACAUUUUUGCGGGGGAUGGUCCUAAUCGGAUUGGAAGAGCAUCCAGCAGGACGUUUAGGGGAUCAGCCCUCUGUUGGGCUGGCUCAGACUCUGGAGGAACUGGGGUUUGCGUUGGGGAGACUGAAGACAGGAACGCCACCCCGAAUUGCCAAGGAUUCUGUGAAUUUCAGCAUCCUGAACAAAAACACACCUGACAACCCACCUGUGCCAUUCAGUUUCCUCAGUGAGAAGGUCUGGAUUCAGCCAGAGGACCAGCUCCCAUGUUACUUGACAUUCACCAACUCUGAAGUGGAGCAGAUUGUCCGGGAAAAUAUUCACCUCAAUAAUCAUGUAAAGGAGACAACGAGAGGACCACGGUACUGCCCCUCUAUUGAGUCAAAGGUUUUGCGCUUUCCAAACCGGGUACAUCAGAUCUGGUUAGAACCUGAAGGUCUGGAUUCUGAUCUCAUCUACCCGCAAGGGUUAUCAGUGACACUACCAGCCGAGCUCCAGGAACAACUGAUCACUCGCAUCAAGGGCUUGGAGAAAGCCAAGAUGGUGCAGCCAGGUUACGGGGUACAGUAUGAUUUCCUGGAUCCCCGUCAGAUCACUCCUUCCCUAGAGACCAAGUUGGUUCAGCGGCUCUUCUUUGCCGGGCAGAUCAACGGCACUACCGGUUAUGAAGAAGCUGCAGCUCAAGGAGUGGUAGCCGGGAUCAACGCCAGCCUGAAAGUCCGUGGCAAACCUCCGUUUAUCAUCAGCCGCGCAGAAGGCUACAUUGGGGUUUUAAUUGAUGAUCUUACCACCCUGGGCACCAGUGAACCGUACCGGAUGUUCACCAGUCGAGCGGAGUUUCGUCUGUCUCUGCGACCUGAUAAUGCCGACAGCAGGCUUACGUUUCGAGGCUAUGAGGAAGCUGGCUGCGUGUCCCGAAAGAGGUAUGAACGAGCCUCGCUGGUGAAGGCUUCUUUAGAGGAGGGAAUUUCCGUACUGAAAUCUCUCCAGUUCUCCAGCACAAAAUGGAGCAGACUCAUCCCAGAGCUUCCCAUCAGCGUCAAUAAAAGCGUCCCUUGCAGCGCUCUGGACGUACUAAUGUACGAAGAGGUCGACAUGGAGAAACUAGCAAAAGCGAUUCCGGAUCCCUUAAAGAAGUUUGUUGAAAGUAGAGAACUAACAGAGAGACUAAAAAUAGAAGCCAUAUAUGAAGCAACGAUAUCCCUUCAGCAGCAGGAAAUAGAAGAAGUGCGGCGAGAUGAAGCUCUCCAACUGCCCGAAGACUUAGAUUACAUGAGUAUCCAGACCGUGUCACUGUCCCACGAAGUGCGUGAGAAACUGAAUUCUAAUCGCCCGCAGACGAUUGGAGCUGCUAGCCGCAUCCCCGGUGUAACUCCAGCUGCUAUCAUUAAUUUGUUGAGAUUUGUGAAAAGCAGUCAGCAAAAGGAGGAGACUCUUGGAGAUUUGCCCCAAACUGCUCAUCACGGACAUGGCGCACACAGACUCCAAAGGAGAAAAUUUUAGCAUUCGGCUGCCUGAGACUUUGUGAAGAGCCUCUGAAAGAUUCAGUUUAAACAGUUGCACAGAGGAGUGUAGCAGAAUUAUAGUAACAUAAUUUUUGGUAGCUACUAAACUAGCCUAUUG